CGGCACCCCCUUGCCCUCCCUCUGUGGAUUCUGCCUCCUGAUUCAGGGAGAUGGCCCGGCAGAGCCCCUAAGGAGGUGCUUCGGGCGAGCCAGCUGCAGGGAGGGCCGGGGGCGGGCCUUUGCCAAACAGGACAUGGGCUCAGCUACCCUUAGCCACAGCCACCCAGGGCCUCACGAGCGUGCCCAUCCGAGGACUGUGAUGCAAGGCAGGAGGAGACGAAAGGACUGGUCCUGCUCGUUGAUCGUGGCAUCUCUCGUGGGCGCCUUCGGCUCCUCCUUCCUCUACGGGUACAACCUCUCCGUGGUGAACGCCCCGACUCCGUACAUCAAGGCCUUUUACAACGAGUCGUGGGAGAGAAGGCACGGACAUCCCAUAGACUCAGACACUCUGACCCUGCUCUGGUCUGUGACCGUGUCCAUAUUCGCCAUCGGUGGACUCGUGGGGACGUUCCUGGUGAAGGUGAUCGGCAAAUUUCUUGGGAGGAAAAACACUUUGCUGGUCAACAAUGGGUUUGGGAUUUUUGCCGCAUUGCUGAUGGCCUGUUCUCUCCCAGCUGGAGCCUUGGAAAUGCUCAUCGUGGGACGUUUCAUCAUGGGUGUGGAUGGAGGCAUCGCCCUCAGCGCGCUCCCCAUGUACCUGAGUGAGAUCUCGCCCAAGGAGAUGCGCGGCUCUCUGGGGCAGGUGACCGCCAUCUUCAUCUGCGUCGGUGUCUUCGCAGGGCAACUGCUAGGCCUCCCGGAGCUGCUGGGAAAGGAGAGCACCUGGCCAUAUCUGUUUGGAGUGAUUGUCAUCCCUGCCUUGGUCCAGCUGGUGAGCCUGCCCUUUCUGCCCAAGAGCCCACACUACCUGCUCCUUGAGAAGCACGACCAGGAGGGAGCUGAGAAAGCCUUCCAGACCUUCUUGGGCAAAGAGGACGUCUCCCGCGAGAUGGAGGAGGUCCUGGCGGAGAGCCGCGUGCAGAGGAACAUCCGGCUGGUAUCCGUGCUGGAGCUGCUCAGGAGUCCCUUCGUUCGCUGGCAGCUCAUCACCGCGGUCAUCUCCAUGGCCUGCUACCAGCUCUCCGGCCUCAAUGCGAUUUGGUUCUACACCAACAGUAUCUUUGGAAAAGCUGGAAUCACUCCAGAAAAGAUCCCAUACAUCACCCUGAGCACAGGUGGCAUUGAGACUCUGGCUGCCGUCUUCUCUGGCUUGGUCAUCGAGCGCGUGGGACGGAGACCCCUCCUCAUCGGCGGCUUUGGGCUGAUGGCCCUCUUCUUUGGGAUCCUCACCAUUACGCUGACGCUGCAGGACCACGCGCCCUGGAUCCCUUACCUGAGUAUCGUGUGCAUUCUGGCCAUCAUCGCCGCCUUCUGCAGCGGGCCAGGUGGCAUUCCCUUCAUCCUGACCAGCGAGUUCUUCCAGCAAGCCCAGCGGCCAGCUGCCUUUACCGUGGUGGGCACCGUCAACUGGCUCUCCAACUUCACCAUUGGCCUCCUCUUCCCAUUCAUUCAGCAAAGUCUGGACACCUACUGUUUCCUGGUUUUUGCUGCAAUCUGCUUCUCAGGUGCUCUCUAUUUGUAUUUUGUCCUGCCUGAGACCAAAAACAGAACCCAUGCAGAAAUCAGCCAGGCAUUCACCAAAAGGAACAAGGCAUACCCACCAGAGGGGAAAACUGACUCAGCAGUAACUGAUGAUAAGAUGAACAUACAGCUUGAACCAGACUCCUCCUCUGCACUGGAGAACUGAGUCAAGAACAGUGUUGUCUGAAUGGACAGGCUCACCAUUUUAAAACCAGACAGUCCCCUGCAAGUUUAGCCUGAUGAAAUAUUUAAAAAUAAGCCUUUGCUAAUCUAACAUUGCAACCCAUUUGGGAUUUCUUCACGGCUGAAUCCCCCAAAGUCUUCUGGCAGUUGGAAUCACCCUUUCAGUGGACCCAGUAUUCUUCUAUAGAGAUCCAUGCCCUGCCUUCUUCAUGACUUAGCCCAUGGUUUCAAAAUGAAAUUGGGGACGCAGCAUUUGAAUGCUUUCUCAAAGGUCAGCGAUCUGAUCUGACAGAGGACUCAAAGGGCUUCCAGCCCCAGCUCUAACAAUAGUAGCCUUGAGCUGCCCUCAGCCUGGAUCCUGAAGCUAUCAGGGACCCUUGGCUCUGAUCCCGGAUGAAGGUUUUCAUGCCUCCUAAUCAAUGCCCUUUUCCAAUCUUUGACUCUACUUUGUGGAUCUCAGACUCAGGAGAAGCUGCUCCCAACCCACCACUCUCCAGGUCCUAUCUCUCCCAGACCAUCUUGCGGAGGCUCCCAAAACAUCUUUUCUGAGUAUUAAAUGUGCUCACAGUGAGCAUAAAGGGGAUCAAUAUAGAAGACCUGGAGAGGCAGAUGUGAGAAGUAACUUCCAGAAGCUGAAAGAAGCAGGACCACAAAUGGAACUCCAUUCAAUUGAAAAGGACAAUGUUAAGAAUGAUUCUCAUCUCAGGAUUUCAAGAUUACUGACUUAUACUUUCACGCAUGUAACACCCUUUAGUCUAUUUCUGGUCCAUAGUGUGCACCAGAAGAGUUUCUUUUAUUGGAGAAAGGAGCAAAUGAAACAGUGUAGAUGUAGUUACGGGAGCACUGACCACCCACCUAGAUCACGACGUUGAAGGUCACACCCUAAGGAUACACAGCAGUGAGCAGUAAGAGUCCCGAGUCUAGACUUCAUGGAACAGAGUUGCUGUAACAGCCCUGAACUGUCUAGCAAUAAGCUUUGCAUGUGAGAGUCAAAAUUUCUCUCUUGCUUAAGCUACUCUUAUCUGGGGUUUCUCUUCCUCAUGUCUAAACCCAAAUUCAAUUCAUCUGGGUCAUGACAGGAAAGAGCCCAAGGCAAAUGAGAAUAUAUGAAGCAAGCUCAAUAAUUUAGACAGUCAGCAAUCUGUUUCUCCAGGGCACGGGUGCCUCCGUGUUAAGGGAGCAUGGAUUCAUAUUCAUGUUAUGUAGUUACUGCAGCUUUGAGGUAGUCUGGGAGCUGUCUAUGGUGCUGAUCUGGGAUUUCUGCCUAACGAUCUAAUUUUUCCUCUUUAUAAUCUUGCAAAAUACUUUCACAUUGUUGAUUACAAUGCUGGAGAUAACCUAUGAAGUACAUAUUACUGGAUUCAUUUAAUUUAAUCCAAACCCUUGGAGUUCUUCCAGCUCCAAACCCAGCCAAGUUUAAUAUCCCUGUCACUGUACUAGGGACCUCAGGAAUUUGGCCCCAGCCCCUUGUCUCCAGAACAAUGACUUUAAUAUGUAUCCCUCAUCCCUUCCACUGUGACCAUCUGACAUCUACUUGUCUGUGGUGGCUUGUGGAAUUAUCAACCCAGUGAAUCAGGCCUCCCAGUAUGCAUGCUCUUAUAUAAUUCCCCACUGUACUGAGUCUGGAUUUGGCCAUGCACUGAGAUAUCAGAAAAUGUGACACAAGCAGAAGCUUAAUAAGCACCUGCACUCCAGGGCUUCCCCUUAUAAUGUGCUAAUAUCAUCAUUUGUGGAAGCCCAAUCUAGCUUCCUUGAGGAUUCAGUUUAGUACAGUCAUUCAGUCGUGUCCAACUCUUUGUGACCCCAUGGACUGCAGCACACCAGGCCUCCCUAUCCAUCACCAACUCCUGGAGUUUACUCAAACUCAUGUCCAUUGAGUCAGUGAUACCAUCCAAU